CCAUAAUUGUGAUGGAACGCCAGCGUCUCACCCCACUCUCGCCUUCACACACCCUCUCAUGAUUUUGUCAGUCUCCAUCUUUGCCGAUUGUAAUUCGUUUUUCUAGAGAUUUUACGUAAUAAUUUGGCAAUUUUAAGUGACCAGAGACAAUUUUAAGUAUUUAAUGGGUGAAAGAGGAGGACCAAUUGUUCGUGGCCGAGGCAUGAUGAGUCGUGGAGGCCCCAACAGGGGACGGGGAAUGGGCGAUCGUGGUGCUCCCAGAGGAAUGCGUGGGGGCAUGAGAGGUCGUGGUGGUCCUCCGCCAAGAGGAGGUGGCCCUCCUAGAUCGGAUGGAGCACCUUCUGCAGAGCCUCAGCAAAUCAGCCCUCAGCAAGGCGAGGCCAUCCCUACAACUGCUGGCCGUGGAAUGGGAGCGCCAAGGGGAAUACCUACACGGGGUAGCUAUCCUCCUCGUGGAAUGAUGGGUGGAGGGAUGCGAGGCCGCGGUGGUCCUGGACGAGGAAUGCGUGGCAUGGAUCGUGGAGGCCGUGGUGGUGGCGGCAGUAUGAGAGGCCGCCCUGAUUUCAUUCCUCGUGGACGACCUGAGGGUGGAUUUAUUCCUCGAGGCCGAGGUGGAGAAAUGCGAGGACGAGGUGGAGACUUCAUUCCUAGAGGAAGGGGCGGGCCUGUUGGAUUUGAUUCCCGGUCGGCCCCACCUAGAGGAGGUCCUGGUGGAUUCCAGCCGCGCGGUCGUGGUGGCUUUGAUCGUGGUCGUGGUGGAGAUCGUGGUGCCCCGAGGAGCCGUGGCGUUGGACAGGGCUUCCAGCAGCGCAAUGUGUCUGUUCAAGAUCAGGCACCAUACAGACAACAGCAGGGUGGAGAUUACAGAGUUGGAUACCAGCAGCACCAAGGAGAUGGACUAAAGAGGCCUCCAAUGGGAAUUGCUCCAUCAGGAGCUCCACCUAAAAGGGGAAGAUACGACGACCAGCAACAGGGUGACCAUUAUCAGUCGGGAUACUACAGACAAGGCCAGCAGGGUGGUUAUGAUAACUACCAGAAUCAAUCUGCCAACAACUACAGUAAUGGUAAUGCUGUGGACUACAGCUAUUCACAGAGCGAAAUGGCCCCUCAAUCGGAAUACAUGGCGCCAGCCCAAAGUGCUCCACCAGCUUACGGAGGCUCUGACCCUUAUAAUUCUUAUCAGAUGCCUGCUCAACGAUCUGAUCAAAGCUGGGGAGCUUCUGAUCCUUACAGCAGUGGCUCUGGUUAUGGAGGUGCCUCUUCAGCAGGUUAUUCCCAGUCUUCUGGAGCUUAUAAUGGACGUGGUUAUAAUGCUCCUGCCCCUGCUUAUGGAGGGAACGCAGGAGGUGGCUACAGCCAAGGCCGCGACUAUGACAUGGAUCGCAGAUAUUGAGCGUGACUCUAAAACAGGAGUGUGCAACCGAUCUUUUUUUAUAUUUAGUGCACAAGCCACUAAGCCACCUUUUAACUUUAAUUUAACAAUGCUGUACGAAACUUUUGCGAGAGCGCGAAUUUGAAGUAAAAAAAAUGCUGAUCGUCUCUUGAAUUUUAUACUUAAGUCGUAUUAUAAUCAUGCUAAUAUGUAACUCUAACUUUAUCCAUUCAUUACUACUCUUCAAUUGCGUGUGUAGACGGAAAAGAAAAAAAAAUAAAAUUGCAAAUGUUGAUGCAUCUCUAGUACAGUAAAAACAAACUAUUCCUCGUUGUCUUUGACUCAACCUUUAUUUUUAAGGUAGAUAAUAAUUUUAGACGACAUUAUUUUCUAUUCAGUUUCUCCAGUUUCAUUUUAAAUUUGAAUCAUUCAAAUUCUGUAAAAGUGAAAGCAAAGACUGAAAAUUUUAGGUUUUUUGCCUAAAAGUUUAACAAGAUCCCUUAUUUUCCUAUAAUGGGGAAUACAAAUUAAAUUUUGUAAGCCAAGUUAAUCAAACAAUUAUUUAUUUCUUGUGCCGCCUUUCAGUCAAACCAAAUCUCAGGUAACAAUUCAGUUGAAUUAAAUAUUCGUGUUGAUCUAGGGGUUGUUCGGUUCCUCAAGGUAAUUUAUUUAUUUGAAUCGGCCAAUGAUCUUUGACAACGCGACGGCGACCGCGGGUGGGCUUGAUGAAAUUUAUAUAAAUAGGAAUGAAGCAAAAAGAGCAAGAUGAACUAGUGCAUCGUUGCUCGACCUGAGAAGCGCUUGACAAAUGAAGUCAGGUUGCUUGCAAGUACCUAAAGGUAAAAUAAAGAUUCACAUUUCACACAUGAUUGACAUGAUUCACUUUGCUUCAAAAGAGGAAGAGAGAGAAGUUCUUGCGGACGCAAAUACAGAGCAAGGCAAGUGUUGCGCGUCUGGGCACAUGACUUAAAAUCAAAAAAUAUAAGUUUGCCUGAAUUAUUACAUGUGAGAUUAACCAAGCCCGUUGGCCCAGUGGUUAGAAUGCUUGCAUUCUAAUCAGUGGGAUCCUCGGCCGUCAUGGGAUCAAUGCUCAGCCUGAGGCUUUUUGUGGAAACAAAUAGCCUCUGGUAUGCGAAUCAUUGAUAAAAUUUCGGCUGACACGUCGGGAAUUUGGGAGGUAUGGCAUGGCGCAAGUUGUACCAACCCGCACUCACAAGCUGGAAGAACUCGGAUUGCGUGGCGAAUGCCUCCAUUCAUUCCAAGUCCUUCGUGGCAAGGCUGGGGCAAGGUCUCAAGGGGGUGGGGGGUCAUGCAAGCACCACCAAAUUAGCUAGAAAGCCCCCGAAAAAGGGUCAGGCGUCAGGUUGGUUGGGAGGUACAAAUGUGCAAAGGGUGCUUGACUUUGGCAAGAGACCGACCCAAUAGCCUAACAAGCUCACGGGUGCCAUAAGCAAAAAAAAAAAAAAAUAAUAAUAUUAUUCUAUACGGAAUAAAUAUUAUCUGAAUCUGAAUAACGAGAGAUUUGGUUGACUGAAAGGUGGCACGCGGGCUAUUGCAAUAUAAUAUUGAAAUAAUUUUUUGAUUUAAUUGUCGUUACAAUUGAAUAUCGACUAAUUAUACGUUAUUAAAACCCCCUCCUUAAUCCACAAAGAAAUCAAUAGAAGGAUGAAAAAUCUGGCGAGACGAAAAUCUAAUCAUCAAUCAAACGCUAAAGCAGGUACGAAAUCAGGUAAAAUGAAACAAGCGUGAAGUCUGGAAAGACAAUUAAAUUCUUUAUCCAUUUCACUGGUGUUCAAUUAUAAUCUUAAGAGCAACAAAAUUAAAAUUCAUAAACGAUUAAAAGUAUGAAUGAACAUAACACCAGAAUAAAUUUUCAUGGUUUAAGGCAUAAUUUCAGGAGUUGACUGAUUAAAAAAAAUAUAUUAUUACUUAUUUAAUAGGAAAGUAUACUUUUAUUUGUUUUCUAUUCAUUUUAGGAUAAUUUUUUUUAUCAAAUGCUCAUUAGUUGAUCAUACUUUUCUGGAGAUUGGAAAUUUCUCUAAACCUAACUCCAAGUGGAGGGAAAGUACUUUAGCCGUUUGGAUUUCUAUAAUUUAGCUAAGCUCCUUUCAUCACAAAUAUGAUAUUGAAUUUUUAAUCCACAAAGUUCUUGUUCCCUAAGAAACACCACUGCACUUGCUAUUUUUAUUCUACUGGUAAACUUAAAUAAUUAAAAUCAUGCAUAGUUUUAUAUUGCGAAGCUAAGGACAACUCACUCGAAUCAUCCUAUCACACAUACUUGUGUGGGGAAUCAGCAGGUUGCCUUUCAAGUGCAGCUACGCAACUAGUAACGAUAAUUGAAAAGGAAUUGGCUGCAAUUUGUAGCUUAAUCGUCAUAAUGUGUAAGUAUGAACCCACAAAAUAAUUUACUCUACAAUGUCGAGUAAUCGAUAAUUAGGCAGGGCUGUUUCCCCGAGAACAGCUGAUCAAUUUCAUAAAAUAAGAGCUGAGCAAAGAGUCUAGGCAAAAGGGCUAUUCACAUUCAUGAAUGUGCCGAAGCAUGAAUUGUCGAUAACAUAAAAGAGCAAAGGAUGGUGAUGAAGAUGGAUAUGCGACCAGUUUAAAAUAAACUAGAUAACCGACCGAGAAAGUUAUAAAAAUGGGAAUGAAUAUUGAAGAAUAAAAAAAAUGAUAAUAUUAAUGGUAAUAAUAAAAAAACACCAUUUGGAUUGUGAAAUUAAGGGCAGAUUUAAAAAAAAAUGUGCUCAUGCUGAAAAUACAAACAUGAAGAAACUGCGGCGACUAAAAAUAAACCGUAGGAAUUAUGUGCUGUCAUAGUCUAGAAUCCAUUUGGAAAAUGGCAUGCAUAUUGUUUAUGGAUAUUAUAAUUUGAGGAAAGUGAUGCUACUGGCCAGACUCUUUGCAUAUAAACAAACUUUGUAUUACAAAAAAGUGAACAUGAAUUACAUUACAUCUGUCUAAAUACAAAUAUUUUGAAAUCGUAAUCGUUAUUUUUUGUGCGAUUUGUGUAUGUUUGUGUGUUGCUGACAAGAAGCAAACUGUGGACAAGACUCGACUUGUCCGAAAGCUUUUGAUCAAGAUGCAACAUGACAUAACCCUCUUGAACAAGAUGCAAUAUCCGACUUUGAAAUUUAGCUUCUUGUUUACGUUUACUUGGACAAGAAGCGACUCGCGCUUCUUGGUCAAGAAGCAAAAUAAAAGCACUGCUGUAAACCAUAAUCUGCAGGAUUUUAUUGAGUAUAAUAACAGAAAAUUUAAAAUGCUACGAGCUGUUUUUACCGUGGCGGCUGAGUCAGUUUAGAUUUCGGGCGUUUUAGCAGACAUCUGCUAGUUGUAAACCCUUUUCUCUCUUUUUUUCCAAUUCAGAAUUUCUGUAUUGACCGAAAAGAAUAAACAACAAUAUUAAUGAUUAAUAAUAUAUUUAAUAUAUAGAAAGUUUAUAUUUAAAGUGGAUUAUUUUUAUGCUUAUAUUUCCCUGUAAUUUGAGUUAAAUUUAGAUUAAGUAAUGCAUUUUUAAUUUUUCUUUAUUCAUUACUUGUAACUUUUAACUCAAAUUACAUUAGAUUAAGCACUGCAAUGGAUCUUAAUUUUGGGAAAGAAUUUUGUAAAAAUAUUUUUUCUGAAAAUUAUAUAAGUAAAUUCUAAUUUUUAAGAUUCAGAUAAGUUAUAAAUUAUAACUUGUAACCAAGUUUUUUAAUUACAAAUUUUAUUUAUCAUUAUUAUUCAUACAUGGGCAGAGCGCACUUUGCGCUCUGCGCUCAUGAGCGCGAGCGCAGAGCGCGAUCGCACGAUUUUCAAAAUCGUGAGCGCGAGCGCAUUGGUCGCUGAGCGCAGCGCUCAUUGCGCUCAUUUUGCGCUCAAACCAAAAGUAAAAAUUCCCAAAUUUGAUCAAAAAUUGUAAUGAAAAACAGUGUUUUUAUAUCAAAAACUUCAAAACUGAUCCCAAUUUUGGUGAUUUAACUUCAACUUUAUCAUUUCCAAUUGCCGAUGUAUUUUUUGUUAUAUUAAAAAAUUGUCUAAAAAGUCGCACUUUUUCUUCGGAUAAAAAUAUUUUUGAGCGCAACGCUUGAGCGCAAGACUUUUAAAAAAUUUGAGCGCGAGCGCAACAUUUUCAAAAUCUUGAGCGCGAGCGCACUGUUGCCAGUGAUCGCGAGCGCGAGCGCAAAAUUGUUGAGCGCACCCAUGUAUGUUAUUAUUACUUAUUUUUUUCCAAUGCCGAAGGGUGACUCAUUAAAUUAUUAUUAU